ACUGACCACAUCUCGUUUCAGAUCUGGGAUCACUGGAACGAGUUUGGGCAAGAUUUGGCAAUUAAAAAGAAGUCAGCAACAAAAAGUAGCAGAUGACCCUUCACAAUUUGCCACUCGUAAUACGGAAAAGGAGCAGGUGAUGGAUUAUGAUUUUUCAAAUUCUGAUAAUAUGAAGGAGAAAGGAACUUUUCAGGAAUAUUCUCAGGAAACUUCUCAGGAAAAUUUGAGCACUGAACUGGAUUUUUCAAGCAGUCAGAAGGAUUCAAUAAACGAAGAGCACUGUAUGGGAGGCAGCAUCAACUCGGAAGAUUCGUAUGACGACAUGAGACGCCUAGUUGGGGAAAAUGCAGAAGAAGAUGCGGACAAGGUUACUAGUUUACCCCUGGCUAGCUUUAACUUCAUUAAUUCCAUUAUUGGAAGUGGUGUAAUUGGAAUUCCUUAUGCUCUCCAUCAAGCUGGUUUCGGUUUAGGAAUAAUACUAUUAUUAGUAGUCGCCAUUCUGACGGAUUAUUCGUUAAUUUUGAUGGUCAGGUGUGGUCAUAUUUGUGGAGAAAUGAGUUAUCAAGGUUUAAUGCGAGCGGGCUUCGGUCGUACAGGUUUCUACAUUCUCACAGCACUUCAGUUUAUGUACCCUUUUAUAGCAAUGGUGUCGUAUAACGUAGUAGUUGGUGACACAGUAACGAAAGUCCUCAUCAGGGUUACAGGGAUCAGCGACUCAAGUUUUCUCUGGUUCUUGGUGCGAAGAGAAAUAGUGAUUUUUUUGUCCACUAUUCUUAUCACAGUUCCUCUCUGUUUAUACAGGAAUGUCGCUAGACUUGCGAAGAUCUCUUUUCUUUCUUUAGUAUGUGUUGGAUUUAUUCUUCUUGCAAUCGUUAUUCGAAUGGAGACUAUGUCAACUGUAGUAAGAAGUGCAGAACACAGUUGGAGAUUUGCAAAUUUUCCUGGUAUUAUACCCGCAGUUGGGAUAAUGGCUUUUGCGUUCAUGUGCCACCACAACACAUUUCUUAUUUAUGGAUCGAUCGAGCGGGCCACACAGAAAAAAUGGGAUGUUGUGACUCAUUGGUCUCUCUUUACUUCAUUCCUAGUCGCAGCAUCUUUUGGAAUUGCAGGAUAUUCCACCUUCACCACUUAUGUACAGGGUGAUCUAAUGGAAAAUUAUUGCUGGAAUGAUGACUUCAUGAACUUUGCUAGAGUCAUGUUCAGCGGCACGAUAUUACUCACGUUUCCUAUAGAGUGCUUCGUGACUCGAGAGGGAUCUUCAUUUUUCCGAAUUUGACAAGUUCGUGCUUGUUUACUUUUUUUCGAGUGCGCGUGAUUGUUGCAAGUCUGAGCACGAUGUCUGUGCCACUGU